AUGGCCACCACCAACAGUCCGGCCAGUGCGCCGCUGGACCCUCGUCCGGUCUUCUUCUUUGACAUUGACAACUGCCUCUACUCCAAAGGGUGCAACAUCCACGAUGAGAUGCAGAAAUUGAUCAACCAAUUCUUUAUCAAGCACCUGUCCCUGAAUGCCGAUGACGCACACAUGCUCCACAUGAAGUACUACAAGGAAUACGGUCUCGCCAUUGAAGGUCUUACGCGCCAUCACAAGAUCGACCCCCUGGAAUUCAACCGCGAAGUGGACGAUGCGCUGCCGCUCGACGAUAUCCUCAAACCGGACCCCAAGCUGCGCCAGCUGCUCGAAGACAUUGACCGCAGCAAAGUGCGAAUGUGGCUUCUCACAAACGCCUAUGUGACCCAUGCGAAACGGGUGGUGAAGUUGCUGCAGGUGGACGACAUGUUUGAGGGCAUCACAUACUGUGACUAUGGCAAUUUGCCGUUGGUGUGCAAACCCAGCCAGGCUAUGUAUGAGAGGGCGGAAAAGGAGGCCGGAGCUUCCAGCACGUCAGAGUGCUACUUUGUUGAUGACUCCGGUCUGAAUUGUACUCAUGCUGCCGCCCGGGGUUGGGCCGUGGCUCAUCUCGUUGAGCCUGGGAUUCCCCUCCCCCACGUGCCGGCCUCGCAAUAUAUGAUUCGCAGCCUGGAGGAACUUAGGACCUGCUUCCCCGACUUGUUUAAGUCCAAACAGGAAGUAUAG